CAUGGAGGAAGGAACCAGUGUUUCGAGGCCACCCCUGAUGCGUGGUCACAACUACAACUUCUGGAAAGGGCGUAUGAGGGCAUUCCUGAAAUCACAAGGAGGAGGAUUCUGGAGAACUGUGGAAACUGGCUGGACAGAACCAGUAAAAUACUCAGAUGAUCUGUCUACAACAACUGUCAAGAAAUUUGAAGACUAUAGCAGAACUGAAGUCCUGGCUGCUGAGCAUAAUGAUAAAGCCCUAAAUGCUAUUUUUGGUGCAGUUGAUGCCACACAAUACCGUCUCAUUUCAAACUGUAUUAGUGCAAAGGAAGCAUGGGAUAUUCUUGAAGUCACACAUGAAGGUGAUGAGAAGGUCAAAACUGCAAAGUAUCAGAUUCUCAUGACACAAUAUGAAAAUCUGCGAAUGGAUGAGAAAGAAACUAUUGUAGAAUUCCAUGGAAGAGUACGUGACCUUGCAAAUCAAGCAGCGAGAUUACAAGAGCCGUUUCCAGAAUCAAAACUUGUUCUAAAGGUGCUGAGAUCUCUACCAAAGAGGUUUGAUAUGGAUGUCAAGGCAAUCUCUCAAUCACAUGAUGCAAAAAAGAUGACUCUUGAUGCUUUAAUGGGUAAUCUUGAAACAAUCGAAUUAAACAUGAAGGAGGAUAGCAAGAGACGAAAACCAGAGAAGCAAAUCGCCUUUCUAGGAACUGAUCUGGAGAAUGAUAGUGAAGAUGUUUUAGCAUUUGAUGAAGAAUUCCAAGAACAGCUAUCUCUAUUCACAAAGCAGUUAAAAAAGAAGUGGAUUCAAAAGAAGGGAAAGAACCAAAUUCAAGAAGGGCCUUCUAAGACAUCCACUUUCAGGGAAUCACGUUUCAAGGAAGGAAAGUCGUAUGAUAACAGCUCUAAGUACAAAGGGCCGCUGUGUUUUGAAUGUGGUGGUCAUGGGCAUAUCCAGACUGAGUGUGCAAACAACCUUAAAAAGAAGAGACAAACAUUCUCAAUAACCUGGAGUGAUGAGGAUACUGACGAAGAUCAGGGUUGUGAGGAAAGCAACUGCGCUUUUAUCUCACAGUCAGAGUCAGACGACCUAGUUGAGCAACACAUGGAUCUUCAAGAAAAGUGGACUGAACUGCUUAUGGUUAACAGAAGAAAUAUAGCAGAAAAGAAUCAGCUGGCUUGUGAUCUAAAGGCUCUGAAGCAGAAUCUAGAGAAAGCAGAAACAGAUAAUAAUCUUACUAACAUCAACUCAGUUGAGGGAGGAAAUGUUAGAUUUGGUGGUGGAGCACAAGGCAAAAUUGUUGGGUGUGGAAUACUAAAUGUUUCAGGACUUCCACCGAUCAAGAAUGUGUGGCUUGUACAAGGACUUCAGGUGAACCUACUCAGCAUCAGCCAGAUAUGUGACCAAGGGCUGGAGGUCACAUUUACUCAACAAAAGUGUUGUGUGAAAGACAAAAACAAACUGGUGGUACUAGAAGGUGACAGAACAACUGACAACUGCUACAGAGUCACUCCAAAUGUUCUGUGCUUUCCUGCUAGCCAACAAGAUGCAAGGCUAUGGCACUACAGACUUGGUCAUCUAAAUUUUAAACAUCUCACAACCCUCUCAAACUCUGAUGCAGUUCGAGGAUUGCCCAAGAUAAAGAGACUAGAAGAGAGAGAAAACCCCAAAAUCAAGCGGCUGAACUGGAAACGCACCAAGAAAAAUCAAGAAGUCAUGGUGCGCAUCAAAAUGGCUCUACCCCAAAGGUGGACAGGGAAAUCAAAGGCGAAGAAGAAGACAUUUCUCAGGCCCUCUUGGACGAAGUUUUUUUCAAAGGGAGAAUCGUCAUCAUCUGCUACAACAUACUCUAAAGCGGCAGGAAAACCAGCAGUCUUGCCCCUUCUCUCAGACGACGAUGGUAUGCAUCUUCCAAUCUUAGAGUCAACCGAAGUGUUACUUCUGGAGUAUACUCCACUGAAUCUCCAAAGAGAAGAGACACAGCAAAACCCUAUUCUUGGAGAAAGGCACUGUGUAGAAGAAAUUAUGGGGGAAAUCCUUGAAGAAGAUCCGAUAGUUGCAUGCUCUGAAGUCCCUUUCCAAGAUUCUGUGCCCAGAUCUGACGGAGACAACACUAAAAGGAAGAACAUCUCUAGACCUACCCGAUGGUCUCUGAGAAAGGCCAAGGCAACGGUGAUGACGGUGGAACCAACAAACGAGCAGCUAGAAGCCCAAGAAUCUGAGACAAAGAAGAAGAAGAUGACGAAAAGAAAAGCGAAAGAAGAACACUCCUCACCAGCAUCUUCACUCAAAAAGGCAAAAUCCUCUGCAGGCUGUUCAUCUUCAUCAGCACAAGGAAGGGAGACCAGAAGCUCAAAGGUCACCAAACCAGGCAACAGUCCAGGGAAGCCCUCGGUUAAGCUUUUCACUUCUAUUACUACUAAAGCUUUUUUUAUUGACAUUGUGAAGAAAUCAAUUAUACUGCAAAGGAAUCUUGAUGUGCCAGAUUUUAGCAAGAAAACAAAUCUUCUGCCCAUACUUCACUCAAAUAAGCUGUUCAAAUCUGUUACUCUACCUGGUUCUUUUGUGAAACGAGUAAUACAAGAGUUUUACAGCAACUUAUCUAAGUCAUGUGUUGAUGCUGAUGAUCCCUCUUACCAUAAAGUUUUUGUUCGAAGAAGGUUCUAUGAUUUUUCACCCUCUGUAAUCAACAAUUUUCUUGGCACUACCACCAACCCUGCAAUUACACCUAUUGCUGAAGAAACUAUGUGGAAUGAUCUUACCAAUGGCCUUAGGGAUUUUCAACAUGGGAAAACCAAAGUACCAUCCUCUGUGCUCAAAAGCUCAUAUGCCCUACUGCUCAGAAUUGCUGCCUUCCACUGGUUGCCAACCACACACACUAACACAGUUCCCCUCUGCAUGGCCACUCUACUUUACAGAAUCAAAAACCAUGCACCAUUUGAUCUGGGAAGAAUUGUGUUUGAGCAAGUGAUGACUUUUGCAGCUGCAAAAUUCAAGAUUUUGAGAAGGAGGAAAAUGAAGAAGAAGAACCCAUACCCUCUUUAUUGCAGGUUGAUAGUAGGCACUUGGAAGGAAGUCACUUCAAUGACAUGGCUACAGCUGGAACAUCCUCAGCAGUAGCACCAAAUCCAGCCUCCGCAGAUUACCAGCUUAGCUUUCUUGAAAAGGAGAUCAAAUCCCUCCAAAUGGAUGCAGAUUAUCAUUCAGAUUGCACACACCCUGAGGCAAACAAGACGUGCACAGAGUAAGGGGGAGAAACUAGCUAAACAAAAGGCAAUUGCUGUA